CUCUCCCACUCCUCUGACCCCAGCUCUGGCUCUCCCCCCAUUUUUUGGGGUGUGACACACCUUUCCUACAAGGUGUAAUGGCAAAUGACUCACCCAGGAUGCUUCAGAGGGAAGUGGCAGACCUGCUACAUCUCUUCUAUAGGGGCAGUGCCUGAAUUCCUACGGCCCCCCUGUAGCGCCACACAUUGGGCAGAGGGAUCGGACAUCAAAGAUGUAAAACCAGUUAAUUGCACCCAAUCUGUUCCUAGACCCGGCUGUGGGCUGUGACAACCCACACUGUCACGCGGAGCGGCGACGGUUGCCAGAUACCAAUGUGUCAGGCAAAGAGUAUGCAGGGCUCCGCAAGCUGCCAGCCAGGUCCCGGAGUUCACAGCCUAAAGGACUAUUAAUACCUGUCAGCCUGGGCAGCCUGGAGUGGGACCAAAUCGGAUGGAAAACACAGACUUUGGGCAAGGCUUGACAAUAUGAUGGGGAUGGGACAGCAGCUGGGAGCCAGAUAAUUUUGUCAAGUAGCCAAAAACCUGCCCGAGUGAAGUCCUUCACAUAAGGAGACCCUGGCUGCAUCAGCUCCUUCCUGACUCUGUGAUUUACAUCUCCUCUACAAGAUGUAGCCAGCGCCCUGCACUACACGUGUGCCUGCUCUCCCAGCAGCCACUGUCUCAGCUUGAGUCUUCGGUGACCAUGUGAUUUAAAAGUGGGUUGCAGACCUGAAAAAUAAUCUCACUUUCUGGCUACACCCCAAGGGCCUUCUCCUCACACCCCACAGCCCCUGUGAAAUAUGGUGUGGUUUAUGGUGAGCUUCAGGGCCAGCACUGGAAAGGGGACUUGGGUUCCUGCCGCUGCAGACCCGUCUCUCCUGCAUGCUGAGCUGCUGGGCUGAGAUCUCCAGUAUCUCCUGGAGUUGUUCUGGCAGCAGGUUUUGUGCUUUGGUCACAUAUACAUCUCUUUUGGGGACCUUCUCUUAUUUUGACCCAGAGCAGCACAUCUAAGAGCUAAAGACAGUUUGGGUUUACUAAGCACCUUUAGAGAGAGCGAGAUUCCUUGCCAUGUUCUCACAUGGACAUCCCGUGUCUGUGUUUUAAAUAUUCGGAACAAAAUUUUAUAUGCUUGUCAUCCAUGCCAUUUUAUGGUUAAAAUGAUCAAAACCAUUUCCAAGAGUGAGGCCUGUCAACGUAUCCUUGAGCUACUUAGCAUUGCAUUUGCAAAGGGCAGCUUCAUGACUUCAGCUGUGGCUCCGUGCACCCUGCAUCAGACCUACAACUGAGUCAGGAGCACAGAAAAUUUGGCAAAGAACCAGCAAACACCUAAAAUGAGCUGGAUUAGAGAGGCCCGUCCAGCAGCCCCUGGGGAUUCCUUCACAGGAGCAAGGUUAGGACCUGGCUGUGGCUGAAGCUCUUAUGAAACCGUAAGACUUUUAUUUCAAUCCCCUUGCCUCAUGCCCUUUCCAUCUCCUGUGUUUUGCAACAAAUGAGGCAGAGUCCUGCAGCAAACAGGUCCUCCAGGUGCCAAACCCCACUCCUGCAGCAGAGCUGAGGGGGCUUCAGUCUCGCAUCACAUAACCAGAGAUCGUGUCAGGAUACCAGGAUGUGUUGGACAGAUCAGGUUUCAUGAGCAGCCUAAAUGUUUACAUUCCCAAAGGUCUUAGUCCUUAAUUUGUUUAAUUUUACCGUCUUAAUGAUGCCUUUUAAAACAGCGCUGCUGUAAUUGCUACUGGAUAUUUAGCAAAUGAGACUGUGGAUGUGAUUCCAGCCUUCUUUGCACCUGGACCUCAGUCCGUUUUGACUCAAAUUUAAUUUCCGAUUUUCAACUGUUAUGUUUUACAACUGUCAGGGCAGCAGCGCAGAGCACUAGCAAUGGGAACAGGAUGGCGUUCAAGCUCCACGUAGGCAGAGGGCUCAUCUCAUCUUUCUUUUACAAAGCCUUUGACCCAAACGAUUCUUUCCCAACAUGAUGUUAAAGUCUCCACAGGAAGUGCUGGGCACAGUCCACCCUUGGGAUGCUCCUAAAACCGCAGUUAACUCUGUCAGAGUCCCGUGGUCUCAACAUAAAAGCUGAUCCUGUCUUUUAGUUUACAACAGAUUUUCCCUUCCAGAAUACCUCGUCAGACAAGAUCUUUGGGCUGGCCCCAGAAUGGCAAAACAGACACAGGCAUGUGUCAUAUAAUUUAGCUGCAAGUUUGAUUUAGAAGUUUAGGAAACACAGCUUCCAACUCUUCAAAACGAUCCUAGCUUCUUACUUUCCCUUGCUAUGCUGUGGUGGGAGUAAGGAAUGCCUGUGGUCUACAGAAAUCAUGGGCUGCAGGACUAGAUGUCUCUAAGCAGGUUUCAAAAGCCAAGAAUAUGUGGAAGUCUUAACUUUUAAGGGUUACUAGAGUUUCCAAGACUGCGAUGCGCUGGAGAGGAAUGGAAACAGAUUUGGAGACAAAGACGAGCAAGCUAUUUCUGCGUCAGCCCAGCUUUGUCAGAAAAUCCAGCACCAGUGAAUCAUUUUUUACUGGAUUUAUACAAAGUGUCUGCGGGAUCUCAAACACAACGUGGAAGACAGGCGCCCAGGCAACUUCAAAGCAGUACAGCCGGACAGAUCGGAAUGGCAGCCAGUCCACUGGCACUGCUCAGCCUACUCCCAGUCUGCUAAAAAAGAAGCUGAGUGGGUGCCUGCUGUCUGCCACAUUUGCAGCAAGAUGCAGCGCUUUCAGCAGCUCUGAAAUAUGCUCCACCACGCAAACAAAUGGUGUGGUUUGGGGCAAAGCUGGUCACAGGCCUGCUUUAUACCAUACGUGCUUUGGGGGCAGUCACGACAACACAGCAGCAGUGUUUCUGGCUGACUCUGUGGUUAGGUUUGGCAUCCACAUUGGUAUUUUCAGGAAAUAAUGUGGCAGCUCUUAAAGGCAUCUUCCGUCUCCUCAGAGAGAAGCCUGUGACUCUGCAAAGGUGCUUCACAGGCAAGAGCACAGAGGAGCCCAGAGCAACAGGAGCUCCCAGCACCAAAACCUCACAGGGCCACCCAAGGUGACAGAGCUUUUUAGACUCUCCUCUCCAGGUCAUCGCCGCAACUGCAGACCACAGUUAAUGGGGGAAGACUGCAUUUUGCGACACUGACUCACUGCAUCCCCAAGGAAGUAAGCUCCUUGGAGGUACCAGGUAUUAGUAGUAUUACUCCAAAAGAAGACAUAAUUCCAGACAGCAGCAUGGGCAACCCCUGUAAGUCAGUGCCUCAAAGUCUUAAGCUCUGUGCUAGUUUCCACUGGAAAACUGGGGCAGCCACUGGGUCCCAGUCAAGCCCAGGACUUGAAAAGGAACCCUGCAGAAUGGAUCCACACGUUUAACUGGGGCUGUGCAUGUGGCUGAACAUAGGCUGGAAAAACAAGGUGGGAGCCACCUGAGAGGACAAUUCCAGAAGCUCAUAGUGUUGCUGAGGGAGGCUCAUACAGGGAAGAGAAGGAUGGCUGCUCACUACCCUCGCGUCUCUGAUUUCCAUAACAGCAGGUCAACAACCAGCCGCAGGCAAGGUAGGAAGGGCAGGUGCCCUCGCUGCACACCCGCUGCAGCAGUGCCAGCUUUGGGACAAAGCACAGCCUAGCAGCCACGGCGCGGGCCCACCGCAGACACUGGACCUUCAGCAGAAGAACAAGGAGAGGAAGGCAAUGAGGGCCUGGAGAAUAAAUCUUAUGAGGAGCGAUUGAAGGAGCUGGGACUGUUUAGUUUGAGGAAGAGGAGGCUGAGGGGAGACCUCAUCGCUCUCUACAGCUACUUGAAAGAACAUUGUAGAGAGGUUGGUGCUGGUCUCUUCUCACAGCUUUGUGUUAUUCUUGGAAAGUUUCGCACCACUUGUGAAUUCCUUGAACCUUGGCAUUGCAAGCCCACUUCUGUUGGGCCCUCCUCCUUUACAGCUUGCACAAAUUAAGACACAGUUGGCUCUUCAGCAAUUGACCUCAGUUGCUACUAACAGUUCUGCACCUCCUUAUGCUUGGUUAAAUCAAGCAUUUCUGAAAAGCGCCAUGUUUAGCCCUAGAGGAACUUUACCUCAGAGGCCGAGAGGACCUAAUCCAUCUGGCACAAAGCCUCCAGGAUCCUUUAGGGGCGGAGGUGCAGCAGGUCUUCAGAGAAAGCCUGCACCUGGAACACCUCAAGGAACAUCACAAAGAUUUUCGGGACAGGAAACAUUUCAGUGGACGGGUUCACAGAGGAUAAACGUUCGGGUAACUCUGCACAGGGCUGAUCCGAGGCAGGUAAAAGCAAAGUCAAACAUACACCAGGAGCAGAAGGGAGAGCCUCGUGCAAAUCACUGGGAUAAUAGCCAACGCUCUGCUGGGACAAAUGGGCAAAAGCCAUCUACCUCAACACGGAUCACAGAGCAGAAUUCAAAUGCCCAGAACCGCUACACGCCAGAAAGCGCUUCCAGUAUUUUAGCGAGUUUCGGGCUGUCUAAUGAAGAUUUGGAGGAACUCAGUCGCUAUCCAGAUGAUCAAUUGACACCUGAAAACAUGCCACUAAUCUUGAGAGAAAUACGGAUUCGUAAAAUGGGUCAUUCUUUACCUAGUUUACAGUCUCAGAGCAGAGCAGAAGAAACGGUUGGUGGUACGAGUGGUGCAGCAGUCAAGAGUAAAGUGAUUGAUUACGGGCACGCAAGCAAAUACGGUUACACCGAAGAUCCUCUUGAAGUGCGUGCUUAUAAUCCUGAAGUGCUGACUGAAGAACCUCUCGAAGCACGUGUCUAUAAUCCUGAAGCAUCGAGUGGAGAGAACAGGGAAGACUUCCAACGAGAACAGAAUAUGUCAAUGAGUGUCCCACCAUCUAGUGUGACCUGUAAUCCAGUGUUUCCAGUUGAAGACUUAAUAAAACCAACAGGGUUCCAGAAUGAUUCAUCAAAUACUCGAUCAUUUUUUCCAACUGAGACUCCAGGAAAGGUGUCUGGAUUGUGUGCAACACCCCCUGGACUCCCCGUGGUGAAAUCUGUUUCCCAGCCUGCAAUACCGCCUGUCAUGCUACCCAUGAUGCCACCUAUAAUGCCACCCUUGUCACAGCCCCUGAUGCCACCUGUCAUGCCGCCUCUUGUCCAGCAGUCUGUGACACAGCACAUAAUGCCACCAAUGACCCACCCACCCUUUUCAGCUGAACUUAUUGCAGUUCUAAGUCAGCAGGACCGAAUUCAGCAUGAAUCUGGGACAAGCCAGUCUAAUGCCCAGAGUGGCUCAGGAGCAGGACAGAAGCCCGUACAGACACAGGCUGAGGGGCCAGUUAGAUCUCCUUUUGGUAUUGUGAAAGCAUCGUGGCUUCCCGCAUUUCUACAGUCCGAUGCCCAGAAGAUAAAAAGAUUGCCCACUCCGUCAAUGAUGAAUGACUACUAUGCUACAUCUCCAAGAAUAUUUCCACAUAUGUGUUCUCUGUGUAACAUUGAAUGCACUCGUAUGAAGGACUGGAUUCUGCAUCAGAACACUCCUUCUCACAUUGAAAGCUGCCGCCAGUUACGUCAACAAUACCCUGAUUGGAACCCCGAGUCUCAUUCCUCAAAGAGAAAUGCUGGUGACAGGAAAGAAAACCAGACCCCAAAGCGUCGUUCCAACUCUGCCAGUCCUAGUCCUAGACGUUCGAGGGUCGGAGGCUCUGGCUAUGUUCUUCGCCGAUCACGAUCAAGAUCCAGAAGCCCUGGACGCUUCAGGCCAACAAGGCCAAGAAGUCGAAGCCCGCGGCAGAUGCGACGACUUAGCCCCAGACACAGGUCAAGGUCACCACAGCGAUCGAGAAAUCCACUGAGAACUGGUCCACGACCUCAGAGGUCUCCCAGUAAUGAUUGGUCAUCAAGGAGGUCAACCCGAUCUCAAGACAGAAAGGCAGCUCUGGAGGCAGUAGUGAAAAGUUUGGGACCUGGCUUUGUAGCAGAGUUCAAUAAACACAAGUCACUUCGAGCAGCUGGGCAAGGGUCUUCGGGAUCAGGAAAAUCACCACAUUCUCAUGGACCCUUAGGGAAGAUGCCUGGAAAUAUGAAGAAGCCACUGAAAAUAAGUAUUUCAGCAAAAGCUUCGAAGAAAGACAUGCCUUCUUUGCUGGGGUCAAGUUCUUCAUCUCCUGAAACUGAAGAUUUGCCCCAAAACAAGGAAGUGGAAGAGGAUGAGGAAGACUUAUCCACAGGAACCAGUGGACCAUGUCCUACUCCUUGUAAUAGGCUGUUGAGAGAAGAAUUGCUGAGUUGUGGGACAGUCCUUCAAAUAUCUGAUUUACCAGAUGAUGGCUUUUCAGAUCAAGAUAUUAAAAAAAUUGUUCAGCCAUUUGGCAAAGUUAGUGAUCUUCUCGUACUUCGCUCUAGAAAUGAGGCCUUCUUGGAGAUGAACUUCAAAGAAGCUGUAAUAGCAGCUGUGAAAUACGGUGAAACUGUGCCAGUGCUGGUAAAUGGGAAACGGGUGAAAAUAAGUGUAGCAGAAAAGCCAAAAGCAUCUCCUGGCCAGACCAAAAUGAAUAUUAAAAAACGGCCUCAGAAUAUUAAAAAAGUUGCACGAAGUACGAAAAAAGAUCAGAACACGACCACUAGGACAACUAAAUCUGUUACAGGUAAAAAAGAAAAGACUAAGAAAUCAUCCAUGACAGGAGAUAAGAAGAUCAAGAAAACUUCAAAUACUGUGGCAAAAUCUGUAGAUGAAGACCUUCAGAUUUCAACAGAAGCUGAAAUGGAAGCUGGGGAAACUAAGCUGUCAGACCCAAAGAACAUCACAGAAGGGGGUAGAGUUACAGAGCCUGUGAAGACAGUAGAGACUCCGUCCAAAGGAGUGACUAAUCCUGCACCUGUACUAGAGAAACUUGCACAGAUGUCUCAGGUGGCGGUGUUGGACUUGGAUGAGUUUAAUGACCAAGAAGCUACAAUAACAACUACAAAGAGUGAAGAACCAACAGAACCAGCUAGCAAGGAACUUGAUGAUAUAUGUGUGGUUCUUAUUUCAAACUUGCCUGAGAGAGGAUUUUCUGUUGAGGAAGUUUCCAACCUAGCAAAGCCAUUUGGAGGACUGAGGGAUGUGCUAAUUUUAUCAUCUCACAAAAAGGCAUAUCUUGAAAUAAGUAGAAAAUCUGCAGAUUCCAUGGUUAAAUUUUACACCUGCUUUCCCAUGUCACUGGAUGGAAGUCAGCUCUGCAUCAACAUGGUGCCUCAGUAUAAGACUGUAAAAGAUGAAGAAGCAAUAUUUACUGGUAUAAUCAAAGACUCUGACCCUAAGGUAAAUACUGAAACUAUACAUAAUCAGUUUGUGCAUCUCGGGAAUUUGCCAGAUGAUGGAUACAGAGAACUUGAGGCAGUUUGUGUGGGACUUCGGUUUGGAAAAGUAGAUCAUUAUGUUGUACUGAAGAAUAAAAACAAGGCAAUUCUGCAGCUGGAUAGUCCCAAGUCAGCCAGAUCAAUGUACACCUUUCUGAAGCAAUAUCCAUAUAUUAUGUGUGAGCAUACGUUGUCCUGUACAUUGUCACCCAAUGGAGAGUCUGCUGAGGCUGAAGUUGUGAAGAAAGAAGUGAAGAAAGAGGAGCCAAGCAAAGGAAGCUCUGGCUUGAAAAAAUAUCCAGAGGGAUCAGGAGUGGUGCAAACAGCAGCUGCUAAUCCUCCAGUAGAGCCUAGUGUGGCAAAGAAAGGACCCAUUUUCAUCUCAAAUGUCAAAGACGAGAUGUCAGCAGUACAGAUAGAGCCCUCUGAGUCCCAUCUUGAAAGAGCAGUAAGGGAGUCUGCUCCAAGACUGGCAGAAGCAUCUGUGGAGAAAGUGGACGUUGGAGUUGAAGCUACUGUGGCAUCUAUCAAAUCUGCUGAUAUCAAAUCAUCUGAAGCAAAGUCAGAAAAGAUGCUGCUGCUGCCUUCUGGUGUGGAGAAAGAAGAGGCAGUUAAAGAUAAUAUUGAACCAGAGCUGUUUGAAUUUACUGUUGUAUCUGCCUCAGAGAAGGAAAUUAAAGCCGAAGAGUUGUCUGCUUCUGCCACUGAACAACCAGAAGAAUUGUCUGAUGUGGGCAAGGCUGAAGAUGUGCCAUCAGAUUGUACUGCGAAGCUGGCAGCAGGGGAAUCGACAGGGGCUGUCCCUGAAGCGGUGCCCCCUGAUUCUGAUGCAGCUUCACUGGAGAUGGUGUCAUCUGUUGUCACACACACAAGCAACAAGUUGGAUGCUCCUGAAAAAAAUCCUGUUUCUGGUGCUGUGAAAAUGGAACAUGAGAUGCCUGUAGCUCAGACAGCAGAGAAGAAACCUGUACUUAAAACUGGAGUGACCAUGGAGAAGAAACUGGAUGCAGCUGGAGCAGCCACAGAGAUGAAACCAGAAGAAUCUGUGCUCAAAGUUGGAAGAACUUCAGAGGAGAACCCUGAAAAGCUUUUGGUUAAGACUGGGGCAGAGACAGAGAAGAAACUUGAAAAAUCUGUGGGCAAGGUUGGGGCUGCUGUGGAAAAUGCUGCAAAUGCUGUCAAUGAAAAUAAUGAGGGAAGUUUAAUCAAAGCAUACCAGAAUAAAGGAACAGGACCAGCAAAAACUGAUGAAACCUGCAAAGCAGUUACAUUAAGCUCCUCUUUAUCUGUCAAGGAAUCUGCCUCUGUUGGUAAAACGAUUUUAAAGGCAAUGGUGUCUCUUCCGGAUAUAUCAAAGUCAAGGGUUCCAGUACGGAGAAAUGAGCCUUCCGUGUGCCAAGGAGGGGAGCAGAAAGCUCCCUCGAAACCUGAGACCCGAGGCCAAACAGUGGUGGUGAAGAAAAUCACAUCAAAAGAAGAGUGUCAUCCACAACCUGAUAGCAGCCAAUCAAGCCUGGGAGAUGGCAGCAGCAAAUGUAAAGUGAGCAGAAGUUCUAUUGUUGAUGGAAAGGGAGGCAAUGGGAGGAAUUCAUCUCAGCAAGAGAAGGACUCACGAGUGGAAUCUAGGGCUAGUUCAAAACAGUCUCAAGAGGGAGAGAGUAGAUCAUCCAGCAUGAAGAAAGAAAACAGCAGCAAUAAGGCUUCUGUUGGCGGCAAUACUAAAACUUCAAAAAGUGACACCUGCAGCAGUCCAAAACAAAAGGAGGAAGAAGAGCUGUUUCCAUUUAACUUGGAUGAAUUUGUUACUGUGGAUGAGGUCGUAGAGGAAAUCGAGUCUCCUGUUAAAACAUGUCGAAAUCCACUGAGGGGAAAGAGGAAAGACGGUGCUAAAAACAACUCCUUUUCUGAGCCUAGUUCCAAGAGAAGGAAAGGGAAGAGCUCCGUGGCAUGCAUUACUGAAAGUGAACUGUCUUUUGUCACUUUGGAUGAAAUCGGUGAGGAGGAGGAUGUGACUGCACAGCUAAUGGGAGUUGCUAAUUUAGAAGCACUCAGUGACCCGCAGGGCCUGGUCGUAGUGGAUGAAGUGAUUGAAGAGGAAGAACUUAUGUCAGAAACAGUAAAGGAUCCACAGUCACUUGUUACUUUGGAUGAGAUAUCUGAACAGGAGGACCUUAGUUCUCAUAAAGACAUCCCUAGGUCAGUUUUCGAGGAGCAGGAUUUGAAAGCUGAACCCUUGGUAACUGUAGAUGAAAUUGGCGAAGUAGAAGAGCUGCCUCUGAACGAGCCUACAGACUUGAAUAUUGAGGAUGUGCUGAAACAGAAGGAGGAUGAUAAAGCGGCUGCUGAGGAUACUGGAGAUUGUGCUUCUUCUCAGGUGCCUGAUGAUCCCAGUGCUUUAGUGACAGUAGAUGAAAUACAAGAGGACAAUGAAGAUAACCCUCUAGUGACUUUGGAUGAAGUUAACGAAGAUGAAGAUGAUUUUCUGGCUGAUUUCAAUCGUCUAAAAGAGGAGCUAAACUUUGUUACGGUAGAUGAAGUUGGAGAGGAGGAUGAGGAAGAAGAAAAUGCUUUCCCAGGGAAAAAUCUGAAUGGGAAUGAAGACGAUGAAGAUAUUGUUGCUGUUGCAGGACCAGAAGAAAAAGAAAUUGCUGCCGUUGCAGGACCAGAAGAGGAGGAUAUUGUUGCUGUUGCAGGACCAGAAGAAAUGGAAAUUCUAGGAGAUGUGAGUCCAGAAGAAGAAAUUACUUCAACUUCAAAGUCAAAAGUAGAUCAGCUGGGAUCGGGAGAUAAAGAACCAGAGUCUAAGCGGAAGAAGGUGGCUUCUUCAGAUGUAUCAAAGACACAGAGUACUCCAAAAGAUUUGGAUUACCUAGUUCCAAAGGCUGGCUUUUUCUGUCAGAUCUGCUCGCUGUUCUACGCAGAUGAAACAUCUGUGAAAAAUCACUGCAAGACACCGCUUCAUCAGCAGAACAUGGAGAAGUUCAUGGCCAAGCAGAAGGAUGUGCAUAACGAUGGGGAAGAGCAGAGUUCAAGGUGAUCGGAGGAAAGAAGAUUUCUUUCAGUGAACUAAACUUAGGGUCCAGUCAAUUUUGUGUAUUUUGUUCUGAUUUAAUUUGUAAUCUUGUUUCAGAAACAAGCAUUCAUGUUGUACAAAUUUGAGCUCAGUAUAGACAUUAAAAAAACAAACACGCGUAUGGUGGCUUUGAUUUGUAUAUUAAAUCAUCAGACUUGGAAAAGACUUCUUUUACAAGUGUUGACAUGAAAUAAAUGUUCUUACUGUAUAGUUAACACUA